AGGGGGAGAGACCAGAGACUCAGCAUCAGACAGCAAAGGGUUUGACACACUCCCAUCUCUGGCUCAUCCCUACCCGACAGCAACAUGAAGGUCUCCGUGGCUGCCCUCGCCGUUCUCCUCAUCGCUGCUUUCUGCUCCCUGGCCUUCUCCGCGCCAAUUGGCUCUGACCCCCCGACUGCCUGCUGCUUCUCCUACACAGCCCGGCAGAUCCCCCGCAGCUUCGUGAAGGAUUAUUACAGCACCAGCAGCAUGUGCUCCCAGCCGGGCAUAGUGUUCACCACAAGGAAGGGCCGUGAGCUCUGUGCCAACCCCAGUGAAUCCUGGGUUCAAGAGUACGUGAACGACUUGGAACUGAACUGAGCGGAGCAGGGGCCAGACUGGGCGAUGCGCCGCCCCCGGCAGUGGGAGCGUAAACCCUCAAAGGACAGGCUGACGAGACAGAAACAGGAGCUGAAUUUGCCCCAACCCCUGAUAAAACCAAGAAUUUGUAACUAUCUUGUACAGCUAUUUAAAAUCCUGGAUCGGUGUAAUACCUACUAAUUAUACUGUUAAUUAUAUUAUUUAUAGAACGCUCGCUGUGAGCUGUGGGCGUGAGCGGCUGGGCCGUCUCUCUUCACGUCACAGAC